GUUUUAUUAGAUUAGUCCCUUUGCGGGAGAUAUUCGCUACAUAAUCAUUUUUUUGCAAACGGGGAUUGACUUCGGAAUUGCCCGAUUUAAAAUAGUCCAUUAUUCUCCCGCCAUUUGUGAGUCAUGUGGGGGUCAACGUGCGUUUGCGUAGAGCAGAGUUGACUAGAGUGUUGUGUAAUUUAGUGUUUUAGUAAAGUCUUUUUUCCUAUAUCAAGUAAAUAAAUGGGAAACAUUGUUUUUUGGUCUACAGUUUUGGACCCCCCUGAGUAGUAUGACGUAAGGCGGAUGUCAUUCAGCAAUCAGCUGUUUUCAAAGGUUUAUAAGUUUUUUACAAAAUAGGAACAUUUCUACAAGACAGUGUUGAGUUUUUCCACUCAAACUUGCUACUUUACUCUUUUAAUCAAACCCCAUAAACAGUUGCUUGCUCAGGAAUUUCUUGUGCUCUGGAAAGUGUUCAUUUAGUGUAAUUCUCGAAGUGAGCAAAAAUGGUAAUAAAAUUACAACAGAAGCGUGUCGUUCGCAUUCUCCUUGUGGGUGAUUGUGGAGUUGGCAAAACAACUGUUAUUCUAUCCCUUGUCAGUGAGGAAUUCCCAGAAAAUGUUCCUGCCAAAGCAGAAGACAUCACUAUUCCGGCAGAUGUCACUCCUGAGCAUGUCCCAUCGAAUAUUGUGGAUUACUCUUCUUCAGAACAAACUGAGGCUGAAUUAGAUGAUCAAAUCAGGAAGGCUAGUGUUGUGGUUAUCGUUUAUGCUGUAGAUAAUGAUGAGUCUAUUAAAAGGAUAACUUCAUAUUGGAUGCCUCUUGUGAGAAAAAAUCACCCAGAUUGUGAAUGUCCUGUAAUACUUGUUGGAAACAAAAUAGACUUGCUUGAAUUUUCUACGAUAGAUUUUAUCUAUGAUAUAAUGGAGGAGCACACUGAAAUUGAGAGUUGUAUUGAAUGCUCUGCAAAAACUCUGAAAAACAUCUCGGAAGUAUUUUAUUAUGCACAGAAAGCAGUUUUACAUCCAACAUCUCCAAUUUACACCUUGGAAACUGGUGGUUUAACAGAAGGCUGUAGAAUAGCGCUGACCCGCAUAUUCAAAAUCUGCGAUAUCGACUGUGACGGUCUCCUCAAUGACAUGGAACUGAACAACUUCCAAAAGCGGUGCUUUAACGCGCCCCUCCAGCCUCAGGUUUUGGACGACGUCAAGGCAGUGUUGAGGAAGAACCUCAAUGACGGCAUCGUUCAAAACAGCGUCUCUUUAAAGGGAUUUUUAUUUCUGCAUAAUCUAUUUAUACAACGCGGACGGAACGAAACCACUUGGACGGUUUUAAGGAAAUUCGGCUACAACGACAGGUUGGAGAUAACCAAAGAGUAUUUAUAUCCCAGUAUUAAAGUGCCAUCCGGUUGCACCACAGAACUGUCUUUCCGCGGGCAACAAUUCCUCACAAAUAUUUUCGAACGUUACGACAGGGACGGAGAUAAAGCUCUGUCGCCCUCUGAGUUUGAAGAGCUGUUCAGCGUUUGCCCGAACCCUCCUUGGCCUUUUGAUGUUAGUUCUGUUGUGCAAACAAAUGAGAAAGGUUGGAUAACUUUUCAAGGAUAUAUGUGCCAAUGGGCUCUGAUGACGUUGGUUGACCUACCAAAGACGUUCGAAUAUUUAGCUUAUUUGGGCUACAAUAUUUAUGAGAAUGAAAAUCAAUUAUCUGCUGUUAUAGUGACCAGAGAGAAAAAACUUGAUUUAGCAAAAAAGCAGUCCAGUAGAAAUGUAUACCAGUGCCAUGUAAUCGGGCCAUCAGGGUCCGGAAAAACGACUUUUUGCAAGAGUUUUAUCAAAAAUACUUUGGAGUCAAAAACAAAGAAAUCCAGUGAAGAAAACAAGGACAAAACUGACAUAUCAUCCUGUACAGUGAACACCGUUCAAAUUUACGGCCAAGAAAAGAUAAUGGUCCUGAGGGACAUUAACGUGGGAAACGUGUCUGAUCCUCUUCUACCUCACGAAGUGCAAUGCGACGUCGCUUGCUUAGUUUAUGACAUCAAUAAUCCAAAGAGCUUCGAGUACAUUGCACGAAUUUAUAUUAAAUAUUUUGCAGACAGUAAAAUUCCCGUCCUAAUCGUUGCUUGUAAAGACGAUUUGGAGGAAGUGAGACAAGAGUACCUCUUGCAACCAGUUAGUUUCUGCCAAAAAUACAAAAUUUUACCCCCUCAGCGGUUCAGUGUUAAGGGCCAUUUCCGCAAAGAUGUCUUUGUCAAGUUGGCCACUAUGGCGGCUUUCCCUCGAUUUCAAGCAGCUUGGAUCUUGUUUUAUAAACGCAGUCCGUUACGUCGCAUGGUUCACAUGCUGUUGUUGCGCCCGCAACCUUCUGAAUGGUUAUACGAAGUCUGCAGAACUUUCAGAGACUUUGGGGCACUUACAAACGUACGUGACCCAAUUAUAUGGUGGAAAGCGGGGCUCAGCGUGGCAGCACUGACCGCUCUCGGAUUGAUCGUUGCCAAAAUUUUGCAUACGAGUGAGAAAUCCAGAUAAACUGCACUUGUUAUUUAUUUUUGUUUUAUUUCUUCAAAAUCCAUUUGUAAUAUAUAAAACUCUUGUUCAGACUGGUGCUUUUUGGUGUUGUAGUGUGGUUGUACAGCAUACAGGAUGGGCAGUAAGGCAAUAUUUUUAUUGUCCAUUCUGUACUAAAAUAGUGUAGAAUAGAUGAGAAAUGGAAUGAUUUGUACUAAAUAAGUUAUUUAUAUAUUUUAUUUAGUAGUUCUGUUUGUAUUACUCCAGUCUCAGUGCGUUAUUAAAUAAGACUGUAAUAUAAAAAUAAAUUAGUGAACAAAUUUU